CAUUGUAUUAUUGUAGUUAAUAAUCAAUGCCUUCUUUUACAAAUUGCACUGCUUGAUGUGAUUUCAAAUAUGAAUAAUAUUAUUGACCUAUUAUGUUAAGUAGAUUUAUUUUUCUUUGCUUCCCAGUCCAGAGGUACAGCACAUUGCAUCUAUGAAUAAGUACAGAGUAAGAAAUGUCCCAGUACUAAACAGAGAACACCAAAAUUUUGUUGCCAUGUUUGAUAUGUUGUACCAUGUAGGCUUUGCUCUUAUCCUGUAAUAUGUCAUAUCAAGUCUAAUACAAUAUUUGUCUUGCAGGAGUUCAUAAUGAAUGAUCAACAAUUGCCUGUGGCUUCAACAGAUGAACCAGCUAAGUGUAAAAGAGGUCCAGAAAAUAAAAAUAAGACUUGUAAAUAUAAUUCAGGAUAUGAUGAAUGUUUUCAAGGAACCUAAAGUUCUGGAUGUAAUAUUGCAAAUUGAGUUUGUCUGUGAGAAGGCAAUAGAUGAUGAUGGAGUAUCAAGGAAAGCCUACACAGCCUUUUGGGAGGAGUUUAUGGAACAGUGUGAAGGAGAGGAGGAACGGGUCCCCAGACUCAGGCUAGACUAUUCAGAGAAGGAAUGGCAGGCUGUUGGUAGAAUAUGGUCUAAAGGUAAUGUGGACCAUGGUAUUAUACCCUGUCAGACUUUCACAAGCAUUUGUCUUUGCCUGUAUUCAGGGAAUUGAUGCAGUGGAUGAAAGCAUAUUGAUGUCAUCCUUUCUAAAAUACUUGUCUUCUGCAGAACAAGAAUGCGUUGAGAAGGCAUUACAGGGCAACAUGGAUGAAAUUAAUAAGGAAGACUUAAUUGACCUCUUCACAAGAAUGGGAUCUCACAUUCUGCCUCCACAAGAUAAUAUGCAGUCUGCCAUUUUGACAAUGGUGCACAAUGUUUUAUUGCAAGAGCCAAAAUUCAUCAUUGAUUGCUUCAUAUCUGUUAGAGCAGUCAUGCACUGUAAUCUGAUAAAUAAAGUAAGCACACUGAAGCUGUAUGAAUCAAAGAAGGCAACAAUCAGGAAAGUAGCACAGAUUUUAAAACCAUCAAAAGAAUUCUUGAGGGAGCAUGAGCAAGUGGUCUUAAAUCAUUUACUGUGCUAUGUGCGAAGUGUAGACCAGAGAAGACUUGAGACCUUCUUGAGGUUUUGCACAGGCUCAAAUGUUAUGUGCAAAGACAAAAUUGAAGUAGCAUUCAAUAAUUUGUCUGCAGUUCUUGAGUUGCCAUGCACCUAUAAUUCAUAUCCCGAGUUUCGUACAGAAUUCGACAAUAUUCUGUCUGGCAAUUGCUUUGCAAUGGAUAUGUUGUAGGCAUACACACUGCAUAAAAUGUGGAAUUUCAGGUGUUCUUUUUUUUUCUCUUUUAGGUCACUAUUCCAAGGUUUGGCAGUGCGGAGCCAAAUACUAUGGAAUAUUAUGUAAUAUGACCCUGAAUGAUAAAACCCAUUCAUUAA